AUGUAUGUUGGUAUCAAUGGAAAGAAGAUUCAAUACAUUGGUAAAGAAACAAGGCAUACAGGCAAAAAAGAAAUCGAUGGAACUGGAUUUGUAUUGACUCCGGGUUUCUUCGAUGCUCAUGCUCACUUAGAUGAAGUUCCUUUCCUAGAACCAAACUUUACUUUCCAAAUUAACCAAGGUAUCACAUCUAUUGUUACAGGUAUCUGUGGUGUAUCUGCUGCACCAACAAGAAUGGACAAGAAUUCAAACCAUUAUAGUUAUCUUUUAUUAGAUCGUGUAACUGAAUGGUUUAAGGAUCCUCCAACAACAUUUAAGCACUAUUAUGACUAUUUGGAUAAGACUAAAUUCGCUGUAAAUACAAUUCCAAUGCUUGGACAUUCAAAUGUUAGAGAUUUACUCGUUGGAAACGUCAAUGUUACAUUUAACGAGACUAUGAUGCAAAAGGCUCGUGAUAUGGUCGAGGAAGCCAUGCAAGCCGGUGCAUUUGGCCUUACUGCUGGUUUAAUGUAUUAUCCAUCUGGAUAUGCUGAUGUCCAUGAGAUGGCUGAGCUCUGCAAGGUUGUUAACAAAUAUGGUGGCAUAUUCAUGAACCACAUGCGAUCCGAAAGUGACUACUUUAUCGAGGCAGUUGAAGAAACUCUCGAAAUUGGCAGACAAUCAGGCUGUCCAGUACAAAUCCGCCACAUGAAAACAUGCGGAGAGAGGAACUUGAACAAAUCCUACAAGGCAAUCAGAAUGAUUGAUGAAGCAAGAGCCAAAGGACAAGAUGUAACUGUUGAUCAGUACCCUUACUUAAUGGCAAACACUGAUUUGACCGCUAUUCUUCCUCCAUGGGCUUGA